AUGUUGUUCAAUCAAUUACGGUAUUUAGAGCGUUGUUAUGAAUAUCCUGUUUCUAGUGGUUUAUUUACUUCUAUCAGUGGUACAUUUGUAACUGUCCAAACUUUUAUUUUGUACCUUCAAGAUUCGUCAAAGGUGAAGAGAACUGCCGGCAUAGCAUCUUGGGCUAUCGCUACCUGGGCCUUUAUAGUCAUAUUUAGUUUAUUUCUUGACAUGUUUCAAAAGCAGAUAGAACAAACUAAACUUAUUUGUGCUUAUGUACAGCUAAAGCCUUCAACUCCUGUUGAAUUGUUGAAGCUAACUAAAGAUAUCCUCGCGACAUUUGAAGUCAGGGAUGCUCGAAUUUCGCUUUACAACGUAUUCUUCUUCAACACUGGAUUUGUCUUUAAGUUAGCAGCCUCGACCUUCGUGUACAUCACCGUGCAAUUACAAGUGGCUCUCUCAUAUUUUGACGACGAAAAUAAAGUAGAUAAUAUCACAGAAUCAUCAUCCUUCAAUCUAGACCGUAAUAGGAUUAAAGAAUUUCUUUUUUUAUAUUAA